AUGAUGAGACCGAAGCAUUUUCUACCGUCCGACACUGAGCUCCCGCAGGGUCCAGGCCUUGCUCCUUAUUCGAAGAGGCACAGAGACCUUCAUCCUACUCCAGGCUCAUUCAACUUUGUCGGCGCCAGCGCACUUGAUCGCGACCUGCGCCGUAUGAACUUGACCACACUAGCUGAUCUCCAAGGUCUUUCUGCAAUCCCGCAUCUCUACCAGACGCUCUUCUACCGCACCCGCGAAUUUGCCGCGACCGUGCGCAAGCUGGUGGACGCUGCACCCGCAUUGUGGGCAGAGGCGGCAUGCUUACUGGUGAAUUGGAGUGUGAAUGUUUUGCGACAUAAGAAGGUCGGAUUGGAGCGAUUCCUACACAGUCAACGCCAGAGUCUCUAUUGGAUAUUAGAUGAUGCGUUGUUGACAAUUUGUGUGGAUCAAUGGGACCCACCGCAAUCUGCCACACCACCUUCUUCGCACUUUGCCCAAUCGCGCAUAUCUUCAUCAUCAACAUCCAAAGUCAUUCCAUGGGACAUAGCUACGGCACCGAUCACACUAGCUUUAUCCAGAGUUGGGGGCUUGAUGCCAUUAUGGCACGCGCAAGAUCUGGAAGAGAGGGAGAAGUGGGAAUUGAACUGCCUGGACCCUCAAUGUCAGUAUUUUGAUGCUGGGUGGUUCCAGCGCUCAACAAAAUUCUUGCACGAAAGUACCAGGAUACAUGAGAUCUGGAGGACUUUGGGGCGGUGGGGCAGAGGCCAGCUGCCUGCUGAGUUGGCGAAUACUAUCAUGGAAGAUGUGGCAAAGUUUGAAAACCUACCGAUGGGUGACCUACGGACGCAAUAUUCUCGGAAGAAGAAGUAA